AUUCAGGUGAAGAAAACUCUGCUGUUGGACACAGAACCUCCUCAGUGAGUCCGUGAGGAAGGAGGCCCACAGGAGCACCAGAGGAGGAUGAGUGACGUCCGCUUGGGUUCAGUUUCCUCCGCCGUCUCCAAGGUAACAGGCCCGCCACCAGGAUGCAGUUCCUGCAGCAUCGAGCCUCCGGCCUUCGUUCUUCCUCCUCGCAACGCCCGGGUGGUCCUGGGAGGAGACGCCCGACUGGAGGGGAAGGUGCGAGGUCAUCCUGAGCCUCAGGUCACAUGGCACAGAGAGGGGAGCCCUGUCAUUGGUGGAGAGCGCUGCGUCGUGCAGCAAGGUGGGCGGGGCACCUUCAGCCUGGUCGUGGGCGGAGUCAGAGAGGAAGAUGUGGGCCGUUACACCUGCCAAGCAACCAAUCAGGCGGGGAGCCGUCAGGUGACUGUGGAGAUCCUCCUGGAAGAGAAUUCUGGGAAGAAAUACGGCCUCCCGUCCGCCAUGAAAACAGGGUGUCGCUCUGCCGUCCCGUCGGUGGGGAACAGGCCCAGUAUCUGGGGGGAGAGUCCGCCCAAGUUUGUCACUAAACCGAGCCGAGUGUUCGCCAAGCCGGGACAGACCGGGAAGUUCAGCGCCAAAACAACGGGACGCCCACAGCCCCAGGUCACAUGGCACAAGGGGGAGGUGGAGCUUCAGUCUUCUGCGCGGAUCAGUAUGUACGAGCGCUCUGGGCUGCACUUCCUAGAGAUAAAGGAAGUGUGUGUGGAGGAUGCAGGAAGUUACACGUGCUUGGUAAUCAACAGCGCCGGGACAGCAACCGCCUCCUCUACGCUCCACGUCCAGGGUGUUCCUCAAGACUCGUCCAGCAGCGUCACCUCAGCUGAGUCCACACACACCAGCAGCAGUAACCUGACAGCUGCUCCCAGUGGUCCCAGUGCUCCCAGCACCCAGGCAGAGCAGCCCAGGCCCAGGGAGAGGGAGCAGCAGAGCCCCCUGUCUCAUACAGCCUCCUCCUGGAGGAGCAAACCUCCUGUACAGCUCCCUCUUGUGGCUGAGAGGAGAACUGCAGCUGCCCAGGUCCAGUCAGUCUUUAGUCCUGAUCCAGGUCAGACCAGUUCAGUCCAGCAGGCAGAGAGCAGCUCAGUCAGCAGCAGGGCUGUGAGGAGGUCGGUGACGGGGUCCAACCUGCGGUUCGAGGCUGUUCCUCUGGACCAGGAGGCCACAGAAGGAGCACAGGUCACAUUCACCUGCCAAGUCUCCUCUGUGGCCUUUGCCGUGGUGACAUGGCUGAAGGACGGGGGUCCAGUGAGGACGGGUCUGCGGCAGAGACAGGAUGGGACACGUCUCAGUCUCACCAUGGACAGAGUGAGACAGGAGGACGAGGGGACGUACAGGUGUCAGCUGAUCACUGCUGGAGGACUCACUGUCCACUCUGCAGAAUGGACGCUCCGUGUCCUCAAGAGUCCUGUUCCAGCAAGUACUCAUUCCUCAUACGUCGAGGGCGUGGCUUCACUGACCGUCCACAGCACAUCACGGCGUGAUGACAGAGCAGAGAGCAGCGCCAGAGUCCAGGUCAAAGACAGACGGCAGGGCUGCAGGUCAAAGGUCACAGAGGUCAGAGGAGUGUGUGAGGCUCCUCGAUUCAUACGCUGCCUCGCCGACCUGAAGGUGAUGGACGGCAGCAAAGUUACCAUGACGGUGGAGCUGGCCGGUAACCCCCCUCCAGAGGUGGUGUGGCUCCAUGAUGGACAGGAGGUGACAGAGUCUGAAGACUUCCACCUCCUCAGGGAGGAGAACCAUUGCACUCUGCUGAUCCAGGAGGUUUUCCCUGAGGACAAUGGGACGUACAGCUGCCAGGCCUGGAACCAGUACGGAGAGGACCACACCCAGUGUCAGCUCACUGUGGAGGAGCCUCAGGACGGCGUUCAGCCCUGGUUCAUCACCAAACCCAAACCGGUGAGCGCCGUUGUGGGUCAGCACGUCCUCCUGUCCUGCGCCAUUGCUGGAGAUCCGUUCCCCCAGUAUACCUGGACCAGAGCUGACCUGAGCCGACCUCUGACCUCUGGAGGAGACUACGAACUGCUGCAGAAAGAGGACGUCAUCUCACUGCUGAUCAGGAGAGUUAAAAAGCAUCAUGCUGGAGACUACCUGAUCACUCUGAGGAACAAUGUUGGGGAGUGCAGCGCUUUGGCCUGUCUGUCCGUCACUGGUGGAGAAACGGACAGGACGAGAGGACGAGAAGGAGGAGCAGGAGAAGACGACAGCCCUGCAGCAGGAGGAAGAGGAGGAGGAGGAGGAGCAGCUGGUGGGACUGCUGUGCUGAGAGGAGGUGCCAGAGAAGGAGGCGUGGAGCAGAGAAGCAGCAGCAGCAGCCGUGGUGUCAGUCGGCAGUGGCAGGAGGCCAACCAGGAGCAGAAGGAGAACCAGCAACUCCUGCACCUGCACAAGGAGGAGAAGAAGAAGAAGGAGGGCAACCAGGACUCUGCCACUGCCACCACCGCCUCCGCCGCCCCCCGAGGCCUCCUCAAGCGCUGUGUGGAAACCAGGGAGCGCGGUGAAGAGGAGCUGCGACAGAGGGAGGCGCAGCAGCUCGACUUCCGCUCGCUUCUGGGACGGCGAGCUCUCAACGCCAAAAACAACCAGGAAGAGGAGCUGAGGGAGGCCGGCCUCGCCGCCGCCGCAGAGCACAGCCACCAGAUGGAUUUUAAGGCCAACCUCAAAGGUGUCAAAGCCAAGGCAGAGGAUGACCGUAAGGGGAACUCCCCGCAGCAGGUCGACUUCCGUAGCGUGCUGGGGAAGAAGGGCGCCGCCAGCAACGGCAACAAACCUGCAGAGACCCCCGGAAAGAACUCUGCCGACUUCCGCUCCGUCCUCGCCAACAAGAAGAAGCCAGGUAGCCCCGAGAAGAACGGGGAGACCGGGAAGGCCGCAGUGAACAACUGCGUUGAUGGAGGGAUUAACGAGAAGAAGAGUGGAGGUGGAGGAGGAGGAGGAGGGAAGGCGCCGGAGAUGGUGGAGAAGCUGAGCGACGUGACGGUGCUGGAUGGACAGCGGCUCCGGCUGCAGUGCCGCCUCGCCUCCUCGGAUCCUGCAGAUGCCACCGUCACCUGGACGCUGGACGGGAAGAUCAUCAAGCCGUCCAAGUUCAUCAUCCUCGCCAAUGAAGGCGGCCUGUGCUCUCUGACUAUAGACAAAGCUCUCCCAGAGGAUGAAGGACAGUAUAAAUGCAGGGCCGAGAAUGCAGGAGGAAAAGCUGAAUGUUGCUGUAUGGUUCUCGUCGAUGAUCCGACAGAGAACUCUCCAGCUGACAAGAAGUCCAAGAAGGCGACUCCGACCUCAGAGAGUGAAGCCAGAAUAAAGAAACCAACCGCCAAGACUCCGCCCAAACAAGCUGCUCCUCCUCAGAUCCUGCAGUUCCCAGAGGACAUGAAGAUCCUGGCGGGAGAGAAGGUGGAGAUCCUCUGCAAGUUCUCUGGAGCUCCACCCAUCAACUGCACCUGGCUGAAGUUCAGGAAACCAAUCCAGGAGGGCUCGUCUGAUAUCUCCAUAGAGAGCACAGACAGCAGCAGUAAACUGACCAUCAGCAGCGGUCAGCAGGAACACUGUGGGUGUUACACCAUCGAGCUGAGGAACAGCUACGGCCUCCGACAGGCCGCCCUCAACCUCACCAUCGUCGAUAAACCCGACCCCCCAGCGAAGGUCCCCGCAGCCUCAGACAUCCGGCGGUCCAGUCUGACUCUGUCAUGGUACGGGCCGACCUAUGACGGAGGCAGCGCCGUGCAGUCCUACAACCUGGAGAUCUGGGACUCUGUGGACAAGCAGUGGAAACACCUGGUGUCCUGCAACAGCACCUCCUACAACAUACAGAACCUUCUUCCAGAACGUCAGUAUAAAUUUCGCAUCCGUGCGGAGAACAUCUACGGAGUCGGAGAACCAAGUGCCGAAUCUGAACCUGUGACUGUUGGACUAGUGGACGAUGAGGAAGAGGCCGAGGUAGAGGAGGAGGAUGAAGACUCAGAGAAGGAGCCGGACUACAGAGAUGUGACCAUCAGAACAGACACGAAGGUGAAGGAGCUGUAUGACGUCGAGGAGCGGCUGGGGACGGGGAAGUUCGGUCAGGUCUUCAAACUGGUGGAGAAGGCGACGAAGAAGGUCUGGGCGGGGAAGUUCAUCAAGGCGUACUCGGCAAAGGAGAAGGAGAACGUCCGGCAGGAGAUCGGCAUCAUGAACAGCCUCCAUCACCCCAAACUGGUCCAGUGUAUUGAUGCCUUCGAGGGCAAGUCCGACAUCGUCAUGGUGCUCGAGAUGAUCUCAGGCGGCGAGCUAUUUGAGCGCAUCAUCGACGAGGACUUUGAGCUGACGGAGAGGGAGGUGAUCAAAUACAUGCUGCAGAUCAUCGACGGAGUCAGCUUCAUCCACAAACAGGGCAUCGUCCACCUCGACCUCAAACCAGAGAACAUCAUGUGUGUCAACAAGACCGGCAGCAAGAUCAAACUCAUCGACUUCGGCCUUGCCCGCCGACUAGAAAACGCAGGAACUCUUAAGGUUUUGUUUGGGACUCCAGAGUUUGUGGCUCCAGAAGUGAUCAACUAUGAAGCCAUCAGUUAUCCCACUGACAUGUGGAGUAUAGGAGUCAUCUGUUAUAUACUGCUGAGCGGUUUGUCUCCCUUCAUGGGCGACAACGAUAACGAGACUCUGUCCAACGUCACCUCGGCCACCUGGGACUUUGAGGACGAGGCCUUCGAUGAAAUCUCAGACAACGCCAAAGACUUCAUCACCAACCUGCUGAAGAAAGACAUGAAGGCUCGGCUCACCUGUGCUCGGUGUUAUGAACACACCUGGCUGAAGCAAGACACCAACACCAUGAAGGCCAAGAAGCUCUCCAAGGAGAGGAUGAAGAAGUACAUCCUGAGGAGGAAAUGGCAGAAAACGGGUCAUGCUGUCCGAGCCAUCGGCAGACUGUCGUCCAUGGCCAUGAUGGCCGGAGUGAGCGCCAAGAAGGGCUCCCCCACCGAAGAGGAUAACCAGUUCCUGGAGUGUUUGGAGUACGAGCAGAAGACGGAGUGUAAGCCGACAUUCAGCUCAGUCAUCAAAGACGUGGAGGUGGUGGAGGGCAGCGCCGCUCGCUUCGACUGCAAGAUCGAAGGUUACCCCGACCCAGAGGUGGUGUGGUACAAAGACGAACAGCCGAUCAAAGAGACCCGACACUUCCAGAUCGACUACGACGAAGAGGGAAACUGUAGUCUGGUCAUUUCAGAGGUGUCAGGCGAUGACGACGCCAAGUACACGGUGAAGGCAGUCAACAGUCUUGGGGAGGCAACGUGCACCGCUGAGCUGCUGGUGGAGGUGAUGGCUGGAGAGGAAGAGGAGGAAGAGGAGGAAGAGGAAGAGGAGGAAUAAAUCAGUGUUGGUCUGGACUCCCACAGGAAGCGUAGGAGGAGGUGGUGCUUUUCUUCAGCUUGUCCGACCUGAGUAGGAAACACUUACCCAUAAAUAACAGAUUGUGAUUGGAGGAGCAGGUGGGCGGGGUUUGUAUUGACCGUGUAAUGACAGUAUUUAAAAAAAGUCUCUAACUCACCAGUCAAACCACACACCGAACAGCGCAACUAUAAUCUCUUUUAGUGAUGGUCAAACUCUGCCCACCUGACACCUGGAGAACAGAAGCCCCGUCCCUUUCAGGUUAGCCUCUAUUCAUUGGUGGGUCUCCUCUUACAUUGUAUUUCAUUGCUUUUUCUUAAUGACGUAUAAUUAAAACAGGAUACCUGGGUUUUCUGUCCAUUCUUAAUAUAAUAUUUAAUAUUGAUUCUCGCAAUUUUAAAUAAUUUUUAGCAUGAGUGGCGCCUUGGAGCAAUGUCUUGAUUAGCAGAUCUCCAUUUUGAAAAAAAAAAGUAAGUAAACUAGCUAGUAAACACUGAUCUUAAAUAUUCCAAAAAUCUGUUUUUAACCCAGUGUCAUGUUUCAGGUCUUCACCAAAGACCGAAAAAACCUUUCUGGGGAAACUCACUGAUGAAGAGUUGCUAGCUGAACACAUACUAGUCUUUAACUUCAGUUUGAUGCUUAUGAAAUGUGAAAACGUUUAUUCAUCAUUAACGCUGAGCUCCAGCUCCCAGGGCCCCGUCAUCAAAGACUCAUGGGAGCUGUAGUUGUUGUCAUUGUUUGCAGGGCGUGGGGCUUUAACUGUCUGUUUAACCAACCCAUGAAAACUGUACUGUAUGUGAACCAGACCUGCUCCCUGUGGGAGUCCAGGUGAGGAAGAAGAGGGUAUGAUGGAAGAAGUGAAGAGGAAGAAUGAUGAAGAGCUUUAUAUUCACAGAGUUGGGCCACGUCAGAAUAAAGUGGCUUACUGUGAAAAAGCUCCAAUGACUCCAGACAUCAAGACAGAACUCCAAAAGUAUUUAAGUUGUGUUAGCGUCGCAGCUAACGGUGUGGUGAAGACGAGAGGGAUGAAAAUUACAUUUGUCACCUAAAGAUGAUCCAGAUGUUACUGAUGAUCCCUUCGAGAGAGUCAGACAGCUAACUAGCAUUAGUUAGCAAACAUAACCCCUACUAUUGGUAGCCCAAUAGCUAAUAAACAUUAGCUAAUUAGCAGCAGAGGGUAGGGCUUUGACAGCUUAAUUAAAACAGUUUCAACCACAAGAAUAAAAUUAGUGCAAACAAAACUCAAAUCAGUUAUUUAAAGAUUACUGAAUGGUCUAAUUAUGUACAGAAAUAAUUGGAUGCAACCCUAAAGCUAACAGGUAACAGCUAACAAGCUAACAGCUAACAGUGCAGGGUAUACAGAGGUAUACAGAGGUAUACCCACCUCUUUUUUCUGGCAGUUUACAGUAUACCAACCUAUCAGCCAAAAAGCCAGUGGAAUAUAUAGAAGAGUAAACCCACUUCCUUCCCGAUAAAAUACCCAUCUAAUUACUAGUACACCCACCUCUUGGACUACACUAAACCACGGCUAAUACUGGUUUGCUAACGUCAGCUAAUAAACAUUAGCAGCAGACAUCUGAGCUGUGAGAAGUGAAUUAAAACAACUUUGGUCAUAUAAAUACAUUUUAUACAGAAUAUAUGACAGAUUAGUUGAAAAACUAAUAAAUCAGUAACUGCAACAACAAAGCUAACUUCAGAUAGAGCACUAAGUGGAAUUGGUUUGCUGACAUCAGCUAACAAACAUUAGCAGCAGACGUCUGAGCUGUUCAACUGAUGUUAGCUCGCUAGCUAAGAAUAAUUAUUAACUAAGGUCUCUGCUGAGGGGGGUGAAAUAAAUAAUUUACAGGUAAAUAACUAAAGGACCCAAACAGUAGAAAAGGGAAUGAAUGUGUAAGUAAUAAACUAGAGGUAACUUUAGAUGGAGCUCCUUAACAUUUAAUGUUAGCCUGACUGUUAACUGUUAGCUGACAGCUGUGAACCACGCGAACAUGGUUUGUAAUGAAUAAAUAAACAAAUUAAUUAUAAAACUAAUAAAUGUAUUAAUCAGUUAUUAAAGUAUUAAACUGGAUUCAGCCCUAAAGCUCAUUUUAGCUAAUAUUUGUUAGCUAACCUUAGCCUGACUGUUAGCUGACAGCUGUGACCCAUCUGAACACAGUUUGUAAUAAAUAAAUACAUCAGUUAUAAAACUAAUAAAUAUAUUAAUCAGUUAUGAAAGUAUUAAACUGGAUUCAGCCCUAAAGCGAACAUCAAAUGAAGAAAUAUUUGUAGCUAUGGUCGCUGAGGUUAGCUCACCAGCUAAUACAAAUUAGCUCAUUAGCAGCAGAGAUAUAGGGUGUGAGAAUUAAAACAAGGGAUAGAAAAAGAAUAAUCAAAUAAUUAAAGGUUUGGACCGUCAGAAUACAAUUUGAACACAAUGACCAAGAAAAACACAGUUAGCUUGGUAGCUAACGUUGGCAUAAUCCACUUCACACAGUGAUGUUAGCGUAGCUGUCAGACCUGUUUUGAUUUGAGCGUUCUCCGUGUUAGUCUCAGAUUAAAUUUUUAUGUUCUACAAACGUUACCUAGACUUUGGUUAAAAUAGUAGUGUAGUACAGAAGAACACCAGGAAGUGAUAACGUUUACUUCACCACACAGGGUUUAUGGGUAAUGAAGUCUUCCAAGUUCAAACAGUUUCGUGUUGUUGCCACUCUGAGCUGCUACAAACCGAAUGCCUUAACGCUGACGUGACCUCGCUCUGUAAAUAUAAGGCUGAGGGUGAGAGGCAGAAUGGUGACAGUGAUGAUAACUUAUAUAACAAUAACCCAUUUGUAGUCUAUAAUCUAGCUGCUCCCUCUUUGCAUCCGAUGUGUUCAGCUGAGAAACGUUGAAUGUGUCUGUUUGUUUCUUCUCUUCUGUUUGAGCACUUUUCUCGUUACGUUUGUAUUUUUGACUUCGACAGCAGUUUUACCAGCUGACAUCACCUCCGCCUUACGUUGUUCGCCUUAAAGCAACGAGGUGACGCUUUUAACGAUCGUCUGGGUGAUUUAAAACUUUUCUACCACACAUUUGUCACGUCGUGGAACGAAAUAAGUCUUUUUAUCUUGAAAAGACGUUCGUUAGCAUGUAUAGAUGAUCGUCCAGAAUACCCAGAAUGUUUUAUCAGCUCACUGAGUUUUAAAACUUAGCACAUGUUGAAGUUUAGUUUGAAAACACCCGGACAUUUUGAGAUUUUAUGAAAAUCAUGAUAGUACAAGACGUUUUCUCAUAAUCAUGACUCGUGAUCAUGUAAUUAUAAACACAUUUUCACAAUGUCUUAUUACGAGAUACGAAUUUCAUAAUUUCAUUGUAUCUAUUCUGAGUUUGUUGUUAUGUAAUAUUAAACAUCAUGGUGACACAAAGAAGGAAACACUUUAAGAAUCACAGUGAUGUCAUGUUUGACAGACAAAACGAUUUUAUAUUUUUUUUACUGAGCGUUCAGGACGAUAGAAAUAUCGAGGGAAUUUUAUUGAUUUGGCUCAAAGUGAAGUUCGACCAGCAGCUCCAGAUGACCUUUGACCCCUUGGUGUGUGUCUGGUAGAAACCGGAUGUGAUUUAAAGGCGUCUCUGGUGAGCUGACGUGUUUGUGUUCACGCUGAUGUCGAAGUCGUAUCUUUAACUUUUUUUUCUUUGUUUUUUCUUUUUUGCCACAUUCCAGCUGUUUGUGCUUUAAAACAUUUAUUUAAAGGUUUUCAGGGCUGAUUCAGUUUUCAACCAAAAACCAAAGAAACUUCUUUACGAAUUCACAGGUGUGUGUUUGUGUGUGAUCCAUCUAAUGUUUAACCCUUUCCUGGGCCUGUGUGUGUGUUUGGUGGUUGUUUGUUUUUCAGAAUGUUUUUAUUUUUAGACUUAUUUAAUGCACAGAUUCAUAAUUCUAAUAUUAUCAUUUGAGCAUCCGUCUUCUUGGAGAUCUUCUUCGCCACCACUUAAUUUGUCACUGUUCUUACAACUAAACCAAGCAGUGGAGUCACUCCUAGACUGGUUUGUUUUUGUAUUAGAUGUAUGUAGAUUAUAUUUCUCUAAUUUUUAUAAAUAUAUAUCAGUUUGAUGAACUGCAGAUGACAUGUAUGAGAACACUACGACUGUAGUUACUCACAGAUACCAAAUAAAUUUAUCACAAAACCAAA